GUUCUAUGUUUCAAGGUGCAGGCGCUAGUAGAUGAAAUUCUUGAAAUUCAACCAAAAUCAAAGAAUCAGUAACAAUUAUAUAUAAUAUUUACUAUGUUUUAAGUAUGUGCAUGUGUUAUAAAAAUAACAGAAACUUCAAUUUUCAUAUCAAUAAUCCAUUAUAAACUACGUAAUUUUCUAUGGGUUGUUUCCAAAACUACCCAUCUCUAGCAUCACCUAUAAACGAAUAUUAUGUCAUGUGAAUAUUCUUAGAGUAAAAAUGCCGAGUUUAAUUGGAAGACGACCAAUUUCUGGAAAAGAUGAUAUAAAUGAAGCAGUGGAUGAUGCUGGAAGUCAGGCCAAAUCAUUUUUUCAAACAGUUUUCGGUGAUAUUAGUAAAACAUCGGCUAGUAAACAGAUUAUUCUAGGAGCUUCUUCGGGAUGGAUAACUGGAUUUGUAACUAUGAAAGUAGGAAAAACUGCUGCUCUUGCUUUAGGCGGUGGUAUAAUACUUUUACAAGUUGCUAAUGAGAAGGGAUACAUUAGGAUAAAUUGGAAUAAAAUUAAUAAGAACCUAGACAAAGUAGUUGAUAAAGUGGAGGAACAAAUUACUGGUGAAAGUUCAUCUUGGACAGAUAAGGUAGUUAAUUUUGCCAGAAAUAACACUCCUUUCUCUUCUGGAUUCAUUGGUGGCUUUCUAAUCGGUUUAGCAUCACAUUAGAAAAAAUAAUUACUUGCAACAUCUUACAAAGAAUUAUUGCUAUAUUAUUUGUUUAAUAAAAAUAAAACAUAAUAUUUGUAUAAGUGGUCAAAAAAAAUUAUUUCAAAUAAAAUCUUAAACUGACCAACAUCUUGAACAAAAACUUUAUAUUGAUCCAGCCUAAAUUGCAAAAUUUCUUUUCUUGUAAUUAAAUUAUAUUCCCAAAAAAGGCAUAGAUAUUUUUUUUCAUUCCUAUAUGAAAAUAGAGAUGUUCUUCCUGAAGAUGGUGAAUUUUUACAGGCUGAAAGAUUUCUUGAUAGGAAACUAGAUCAAGCAGAAGAUGUUAUUAGGAAAGGUAAAAAUAAAGCAAACAAAUGGUAUUCAGGUAGUAAUUAUCAAGUGAAAGAGAUGCACAUAUUCCUAGUCUCCUUCAUAGCUGGAGUUGCUAUAGGAAUAGGCACUUCUUAAAUACACAAAUAUAUGUAGGUAUAUUAUAACAAUCAUUUCUCGUAUUAUAUUCUAAUAAAAUAAAUGUAAUAUAAUCACGCAUUGAAUUAGUUUAGAUCUGUAUUAUAAUUAAUUAACUGUAUUAUUCUAUUGACGCUUGUAUGAUUAAAAAAUAAAUGUAUUGCUAGACCAA